CAGCAGCGUAGUCGUGGCUCGCUCGUUAGUGUAUGCUCGAGUCGCCCUCGCGGCUACUAUAUAUCUCCGACACAUCCAAGCGCGCGCGCGCACUCAACGACGUAGCAGCAGUAGAAGCGACCAAAAAUCCGCAGUAGUACACUCGCUGGUUCUGCAUAGAUAAUAUUGCGCGUCGAUUGAUCCUCCUGCGCGAAUCGACGUGCCGAGCGUCGAGGCAACUUUCACGCUCGAGUCUUGACUUUUUCGUCAGAGAGUUGAAAGCAGCAGCGCCAAUAGCACUAAAGCUAGCCUCCUGCUCUAUCGGAGUGACGUAAUUUCGCGAGUGUGUGAGUGCGCCUACAAGAGUUACAUAUACAAGAGUUUCGAGCGCAGAGUGUGCGUGUGGAGUGCAAACGUGUAGAGAGAGAGAGAGAGAGUCGAGCGCUCGAGUGUUGUACGAGUGUAGGGUGCAAAGCAGAGUUGAGAUUGCUCGCGAGAAACAUGUCGCGGGCACUCGGCUUGGCCAUUCUCUUGGUGGCUAGUGUCAUCGGCACCUGCCAGUCUGAGGCGGUCUCCGAGAGACUCGAGUUGGCCCCUGCCGGUGGAAGAUCCGAGCCACAGGUGGCGACGCUAUGCGAAGCCGGCGAGGCCUAUUUGGCCCAGCACAUGGGCGAACAAGGCCGCUGGAUCUCGUCGAUGGACACCAAGAGCUGCAUGACCGACAAACUGGAUAUUCUACAGUAUUGUAAAAAGGCCUAUCCGAAGCGAGACAUCACGAACAUCGUCGAGUCGACGCACUACGUGCGCGUCACCGGCUGGUGCAAGCCAGGCAAGAACAAGUGCAAGCUCUCGAGAUGGGUCAAGCCCUACAGAUGUCUGGAGGGUCCGUUCCAGAGUGAUGCAUUGCUCGUGCCCGAGGGCUGCCUGUUCGACCAUUUACACAACCAGACCAAAUGCUGGGAAUCUUACAGAUGGAACUCAACGGCGGCGGAUACAUGUCGCGAGCGCAAUAUGAAUUUGCGCAGCUUCGCCAUGCUCCUGCCCUGCGGCAUCUCGGUCUUUGCCGGAGUCGAGUUUGUCUGCUGUCCAAAACACUUGAAAGAUAACAUGAAGUUGAAAAAGCACUUUGAGAUGCACGUGGCCAAGCCCAUCGAGGACGAUUUCGGCGACGAGGACGAGGACGAGAACAUAAACGACGAGACGGAGCAGGACGAGAUGGCAGUUCCGGGGGCCGCUGGUUCCGUCGCCGGUGCAUCUUCGGCCGCUUCGAAUAACGCUGGCUCCGGCGGCAUGACCGGAGCUGGCGUGGCAGGUGGUUCUGGCAGCAGCAUCAGCAUCGUGGCCGACGGUGACGUCGACGAUGGCGGCGGCGACGACGACGCUGACGACGACUCGGACUCGUACGAGAACAUCGACGACGUGCUCGGCGAUCAGCCGGACGACGACGACGAGGACGACAGUAACGAGGAGUACUUCGAGGAUUACGAAGCCAGCACGAGAAGCUCGUCGACGACCGGCCAAGCGAUCACGAGCACGGGAGGCGCCAAGGACGGCAACAUGGACAGUCCCGCGAACCCCGCCAGCAGCAGCAGCAGCACAUCGGCUCCGGGCAGCUCGUCGACCGGCGCUGCUGGCCAGGCGACCGGUGGCAGCAGCACUACCCUACCGCCACAGAUAGCCGCCUUCGUGCCGCACGGCACUCCCGAUCCGUACUUGACCCACUUCGAUCCUCGCUCGGAGCAUCAGAGCUACAAGCAAGCGCAGAUGAGACUGGAGGAGAUUCACAAGGAGGAGGUGACCAAGGUGAUGAAAGAUUGGAGCGAUUUGGAGGAGCGAUACCAGGACAUUCGAGCGCGCGACCCCGUGGCAGCUGACGCCUUCAAACGAUGGAUGACCGUGAGAUUCCAGCAGACCGUGGCAGCCCUCGAGGCCAGCGGCGCCGCCGAGAAGCAUCACCUCAGCUCGAUGCAUCAGCAGCGCGUACAGGAAACGGUGAAACAAAGGAACGAGGAAGCCAUGUCCUGCUACACCGCCGCACUUAAUGAAAUUCCACCCAACGAGCACCGCAUCCAGAAAUGCCUGCAGAAGCUGCUGCGAGCGCUGCACAAGGAUCGACACCACACGAUCGCUCACUACAAGCAUCUACUGGACAGCAGCCUCGAGCAGGCCCAGCGCGAGAAGCCGGCGACCCUGGAGCAUUUGGCCGACAUCGACCGCAUCACCAAUCAGAGCUUGCAGAUGCUCGAGCGGUACCCGGAGCUGAGCAGCAAAAUCGGUAAACUGAUGGAUGACUACGUUCUGGCUUUACGCAGCAAGGACGAGACGCCGGGCCUGCUCUUGGCAAUGACGCGAGAAGCCGAAGCCGCCAUUCUGGACAAGUUCCAAGCCGACGUCGCCAGUAAGCAGCAGGAAAAAGAGCACCAGAAGCAGCUGGAGCGCGAGCGCAAAGAGCAGCGCAAGGCCGAGCGAGGCGAGCUCCGAAGCGAGCAGGAGCAGCACGAGCAGCUGAUGGAGAAGCCGCAGCAGGAGCAGCCGAUCAUGGCCGCGCAGCAGCAGCAGCAGCAGCAGCAGCAGCAGCACGACAAGCAGCCGGAGCAGCAGAUCCUGUCGGUCGAGAAGAAGAUCGACCUGCCGCCGACCGUGACGCCCCUCAAGCCGUUGAAGAAGCAGCUCGACGAGGAGCAGCACGAGCAGCAGCCCGCCUCGGCGGCGGCCCUCACGGCUCUCAAGCACAGCGAGGGACUGAUUCGCGCCUCGCACAGCAUGACCCACGACGUAUCGCACUCCGAGCCGAGCUAUUCCGUGAGACGCGAGGUCUAUCAUCGCGAGAGCAGGUCGAUCUACUUUACUCUGGCAUUCGCCGGGAUCGCUCUCAUGGCGGCCACCAUCGUCGGCGUCGCGGUAUUCAAGAGGCGAAGCGCACGAAGUCCCCACAGUCAGGGCUUCAUCGAAGUCGACCAGGCAGCCUCGCCGGAGGAGCGACACGUGGCCAACAUGCAGAUCAACGGCUACGAGAACCCGACCUACAAGUACUUCGAGGUCAAGGAGUAAGCGGCUCGAGAGAAACUCCUCCGUAGUCCAUAGGGCAGUCCCAGCACACACGUACGCGCACGCUGCAGCCGGCCACCAUCGUCCUCGUCGUCCACCGUCGCAGUCGUCUACAUCCGAUCCAUCCUUCCAGCUGCGCGAGUCCAUUGUCACCGCUCCGGAAAGAAUAGAGGCCCACCUCUCGACGUCCAUCUCCAUUUCUCUAGCGCAAUAGCCAAUAAACCUAUCCUCUGCGUGUAUGUACGUCGACUUAUAUAUUACAUACUUCACUCUCCACAUCUACAGGGGACAUGAUUCAUUCGUCCAAUGGCUUAUAUAACUUAACUCGACAGCAGCGUUGAUACGAAUAGCUCUUACAAUUUUGCAUUUUUGAGUUAGACGCUCGCAAAGGUUCACACGUCGCAAAGUCCAUAUAAUUUGUAAUCCAGCAUCGCGUUUCAUACCCUUUUCUUUGUCGAGAGCUCCGUUCUGAUAACAAGACUCCUGGGAUGCAAUUAAUCGGGCGCAUGAAUAUCGAUGAGUGGCCACUGCCGAUCGCUCUUUGUUUCGACAGCUCAAAGCAUCCGAAACGAGGAAAGGUUGGCACUGAGCGAGCCACUCGUUCACAAGCUUGGCUAGCCCUGAGCAGAAUCACGUAUUGCUUGCGACUUUUUGUAUAUUCCAAUUCAAGCAACUCUGUGGACUUUCGACGAGGCAAUAGCUAAAUUAAUACCGGAGGAGGAUAAAAAUAUGAAAGAGGUGUGAGAAUAAAUUUUGAAAAUUUCAUGAAAAAACGGCGAGCUCGAAUGAAAAAAAUCUCGACCAGAGCAAGUUUACUAAUAUAAAAUGCGCGAGUUGUGUGGAGGCUCGGUGAAAGAAAGAUAGGCUUCAAGCCGAGAAAAGGUGCAUGGAUCAGUCUCGGCUUGAGGCUUAUUGACUGCUCGACCUCGUCGUGAAAUAGGAUACUUUAUUAAUAUUCCUGGGUGUCCGCCGCGCACUCGACAGUUUGUGGCUGUUUCGAGGCAUUUCUUCAAGCUCGUCGUCCUAAUGCAGACCGAGGGACAAAUAGAGAGUAGUAAACACUCCGAAUAUUAAUAGAGAAGCUACAGAUAUAUGAAUGUUUGUAAAUGUGAUUUUCUUACCGGAGGAUUACUCGCGCGACUUUUUAAUCAUUUAGCUUAUUGCUUUUGCGAAAAAUUCCCGCUUUUACACGUUUAAUAUCACUUAUUAUUUAAAUGCCACUCUUCUGUUGGCUGUUACUUCGAGCGCUAACACUCGACUCAUUCGUUUUAACCCCUUUCAACCCGACGCCCCCACCCGGAUCGCCCCUACUCGUACAUAUAUACAUUGAUAUCGAUACGAUAACAAAAAAGAAAAACACAUUCGAGUUUAUAAAUUAUAAGCAAACA